GAAUGCCGCCAGCACGGAGUCCCUGAUUGCUAGUGAGCAUCAGUGGACAACGAUACGCCAAGGCAUGAUCUUUGUGCCUACGGAAACGCAGGCGGAGCCGACACAGGCGGAGGCAGAGAGAAGUAACCUGGCUAACGUGAUGUUGAACGUAAUGAGGGGAGUAAUGUGGAACAACAAACUACUGCAGGCACACCUGCACGUGGAACGACAGCAAAGACAGCAGUACCAACAAGACCUGGCCGCUGUAACGGCCGGCGUCCGCGACGCAGCAAUUGAGCAGCAGCAACAACAACAGCUGAUGAACUCUACCAUCGCACGCAUCAACGGCAUUGAGGCCAAGGCCUCAGCAGCACCAGGCUGCACGACGGACGCAACGAAGCAAAUCAACGAACGCAUCGAUCACGUCGUCACCAUCAUCGGCGACAUAGGUGUUUUCAACGGACCGGACACGAUCAGCAGCACGGUGGCCACCAUGAAGACGAACAUCACCAAGCUACAGACGAGACCGGACGCCGCUACAAAGACGUUCAAGAUGCCGCACUUCGACAUCUGCAAGUUCGACGACUACAACAAGUCGGACGCUUUGAUAUGGUGGCAACGUUUCCUCACGGAAGCGUCAUGCCGCACUGUCCCGGCGAACGACAUGUUGAAGGCACUCUAUUUGCAACUGAUUGGAGGAGCGUAGGCAUGGAUGAACCACCUGACGGCUUCCCACAAGU